AUGAGUGGGAGACCAGUGAAUAUCGAACCUAGACAGGCUAAUCAAUUAGUUCAAGCGUUGAAACAUGAGAUAGAACUAGCUAAGGCUGCAGGUGCUGGAACUGAGGAGUCUCAGCAACAUUAUGCCAAAGCUGAUUCCAUCAAAAAAAUUUUAUUGAGUUAUCAAGCUCAACAGAAAGCUAAACAACAACAGGAAAGUAAUAUGAAUAUGGGAAUGGGCCAAUCACCUAGUCCUAACGUAGGAACACCUAUGAUGGCAGGAUCCCCCGCACCCCGUUCGUUCACACCUAUGAGACAAGGAUCACCUGUAGGAACCACUCAAAGUCAACCAAUGGCACCAACUAAUUCAGGAGGUUCAGCAGGUUCAGGAACUCCUUCAUUACCUGCCAGUGCCAUCACAGUGGAGAAUUUCAAUCAAGUGAAAACCAAACUUCAAGAUUUCGAAAGAAAAAUCCAACAAUUACUUGCUCAAAAGAAAGGUUACUUGAACCCAGAACAAUCAACGGCCUUAGACACUCAAAUUACUGAACUCAGAGGUAAAUAUUCCCGUUACCAGAAAUUUGCUUAUUAUAUGAAGGGGGAAUUAUUAAAACAACAAGGUCAACAAUCACAACCAACGACGAAUAACAUGACAUCAUCUCAAUCAAUGUCCAAUGUACCUGUAGCAGGAAAUUCGAGUGCGGUAACUAACACAAACACUGCACCUGUGCCAACAACUGGAGGACCUACAAUGAGUGGAGCUACUGUCAAUGCUGGUCCUGUUUCAACCGCCACUUCUGCUUCAACCCCAGCCCCAGGAGCUGCUGGUCUUGCAGCUACCAAUGCUUCAUUAGAAACUAAACCAAAAUCUCCUUCUCCUGAUAGAGUUAACCUUAGUGGAAUCACAAAAACGAGCGUUCCGUCAUUACCAAUAUCUUCGAGUAUAAACGUUAAACCACCAAAUCCAAUCACUUUAAAACCUAAUGGAGGUGUUAGACCAACUCUUACGGGAGGUUAUUCUACUUCCAUGGGACAAGUUUUAAAUCAACCAUCAGUAAAAUUGCCCAAUUAUGAGAUUGCCAAUAAUGCUUCAAUGCCUGAAGGUAAUAGAGUCUUAUCGAAGAGGAAAUUAAGUGAACUUAUAAAUACCAUUGGUGCUGAUGAAGGUGAUGGUAAAACCGUUGUUGAUGGAGACGUAGAGGAAUUAUUACUUGAUUUGGCCGAUGAAUUCAUCACCUCAGUUACAGGUUUUGCAUGUAGAUUAGCUAAACACAGGAAAGUUGACUCUAUUGAUGUUAAAGAUAUUCAAUUACACUUGGAAAAGAAUUGGAAUAUCAGAAUUCCUGGAUAUUCUGUGGAUGAAAUCAAGAACGUUAAAAGGUUAGUACCUUCGAAUUCAUACCUGCAAAAAGUCCAAGGGGUUGAAAUUGCAAAGUCUGUCAAUGAUAUAAAUGGUUAA